CCAAUCACAAAGACAAUUCUUCUCUUUCCCUAAAAUCUGCAUCCCCUGCCUCCCAGGGGCUCCUUCCACUUGGGUCUUCCUCUCUUACCUUUCCCCGGUUUGCUCCCAUCUCACCUGCAGACAUCCUAUUCCCUGUAUGAGGACAGUAGUUACCUCUCCUCUCUCCUCCCAAUCCCUUUCACACCAAUCACUUAACCACAUUACCUUUGCUCUCAGCAUCUCCUUGCUAUCUCACAAAGUCUUUGAUUAAAACUUGUUACAGCCACAGUUUGUUGCAGGGGGAAGAGGAGGCAGACAUGCACUCUGUGCAGUUUAUGAGAGUACUCCCUGGAGCCUGAUGCUUUUGCUACCCUUCUGUCUCUAAUCCUCACUCUUUUAAUAAAAUUCACUAAUAUUUUCUGCUGCAACAAAUUCUUGACCUUUUUUGUUCUGCUCUGGCCGUUACAUGGAAACUGUUUUCUCGGAGCGGUUAUCUCUUUUUUUUUUUUUUCCUAAUAAAUGUGUUUUUCCCUCAGUUUCAUCCUCUAGACGUUACGUUCUUCUGGGGACCUUUAGCAUUUACCAUCCAUUGGAGUCUGGGUCUUUUAUGUCCUGCUCUGCUCUUUCAAAUGACUUCUCUCCCUUCAACUACACCUUGUGUGCUGAGCUGCUGUCUCCUCUAGGUACUUCCAGGAGACUGAGUGUUCAGCCCCCAUCUCUUUUGCACCUGGCUGGGCUUCUCUGUCUCCAUUUAACAUUUAUGUCAAUUCUGCUCAGCAGUAAUAAGUGCCAGCACCUUUUGGCAUUAGAGAAUGGCUAGAAAAGAGGCAGGAAAUGAAGCAAUUUUUGUUGGAAUACUGAAAUCCAAGAUAAACCCUUUUGUGAAAAAGGAAAAGUUGGAGAGUUCAAAAUUGACCAGCUUAAUGAGUUCUUUUCCAUUUUCUUUAAAAUGUAAAUACCAUAGCAUUGUAUCAAACUUUUUGUAUUACCUGCUCAUUCUGCUUUAUUGGGAAAUCAGUCCUUAAACUGGAGGUGAUUUUAAGCAAAUACCAGGUCACUCUUGCUUCAGUGUUUCCCUUUCAUCUGAGCCUUUCAUACUUCAGUAAACCUCUUCAUCCUUUCCCAAAACUAUGUCUUUAAAUGAAACUAAGAUGUAUGAAGUAAACUGUGAAAGAUAUUAAAAUCCCACGUUCAUACCGUAUUUUUACUGUUUUAAGAAAACCACCUCCGCCUUCCCUCCUUUCUCCCAAAAGCCAGGCAGACCAGGUACCUGUAGUUUCCCAGUAACGUGACCCUGCUGGUCCCCUUGCUGGUUUGUGCCUUCAAUACUUCGUCUUGUCUCCAACUUGGUAGGAAAUGUGUGUGUAGGGGGUUGUGUUUCACAAGCUGAGGGGUUUUGGGUGAACUCAGGAGCUUUGGAGGCUUUUCACAGGCAGGAGCGGCAGCUGUUCCUGUUCUUCCCCCUGCAGCUGGGUGGGAUGUGGGAGACACAUCCUUGGUUUGCUUAAUUCCAAGAAAGGGCUUCAAACUAAGCCCCUCACCUACCAGGCAUGCACCCUGGUGCUUUUAUUUCCUGCUGUUUAACACUUGAUCCAACAUGGAAGAACUCGAACAGUUUAGGGAUGAGCAGCAGGAUGGAGAGGUGGCCAGCACGCUCACCUGGCUCACAGGAGAGCCACAUUCGAGUCCUUCACCUGCACCAAACGGAGCAGGACUUCAAACUCGUUUUUGAAACUCUCUGAUCUUAGACACACGCAUAUGCCCUGGCUGUCUGAGAGAUUGCCAGCUGCUGGAUGCUGGGGGGUGUCACAUAGGGGCAGUUUGCCCCCAAAUUAGAACAAUCCAGCCCCUGUCCUGCUAGUGUGCAAACGGAUAUCCUCCGAUGCAUUAUUCCCUCCCCCAAGUCUCUCUGAAACCAACAAGACUGGGGUUAUGAAGUCGAUCCUAGAUGGCCUCGCAGAUACAACUUUCCGAACAAUCACAACAGAUCUCCUUUACGUGGGCUCCAACGAUAUCCAGUACGAAGACAUGAAAGGCGACAUGGCAUCCAAGCUGGGAUACUAUCCCCAGAAGUUCCCUCUCUCUUCCUUCAGGGGUGAUCCUUUCCAAGAAAAAAUGACUGCGGGAGAUGAUCCCCUGUUGAGCAUUAUUCCCUCAGAUCAGGUCAACAUCACAGAGUUUUACAACAAGUCCCUGUCCACAUUUAAGGAUAAUGAGGAGAACAUACAGUGUGGGGAGAACUUCAUGGAUAUGGAGUGCUUUAUGAUCCUGAACCCCAGCCAGCAGCUGGCCAUCGCCGUGCUGUCGCUCACCCUGGGCACCUUCACGGUCCUAGAGAACCUCCUUGUCCUGUGCGUCAUCCUCCAUUCCCGAAGCCUCCGGUGUAGACCCUCCUACCAUUUCAUCGGCAGCCUGGCUGUGGCCGACCUCCUGGGCAGCGUGAUUUUUGUCUACAGUUUUGUGGAUUUCCAUGUUUUCCACCGGAAGGACAGCCCCAACGUCUUCUUGUUCAAACUGGGUGGAGUUACAGCCUCCUUCACCGCCUCUGUAGGUAGCCUUUUCCUCACGGCAAUAGACCGGUACAUAUCUAUACACAGGCCACUAGCUUACAAAAGGAUUGUUACCCGACCAAAGGCUGUUGUAGCGUUUUGUGUGAUGUGGACCAUCGCUAUUGUAAUAGCCGUUCUUCCUCUGCUCGGCUGGAACUGCAAAAAGCUCAAUUCCGUUUGUUCGGACAUAUUCCCUCUCAUCGACGAGACGUACCUGAUGUUCUGGAUUGGGGUCACCAGCGUCCUCUUGCUGUUCAUUGUCUAUGCCUACAUGUACAUACUGUGGAAGGCUCACAGCCACGCUGUUCGCAUGAUUCAGCGGGGCACGCAGAAAAGCAUAAUCAUUCAGUCGACCGAGGAUGGUAAGGUACAGAUCACUAGGCCUGAUCAAACUCGUAUGGACAUCAGGUUAGCCAAAACCUUGGUCCUUAUCCUAGUCGUUUUAAUCAUAUGCUGGGGCCCUCUCCUUGCCAUCAUGGUGUACGAUGUCUUUGGGAAAAUGAACAAGCUCAUCAAGACUGUCUUUGCCUUCUGUAGCAUGCUCUGUUUGCUGAAUUCGACGGUGAAUCCCAUCAUCUACGCUCUGAGGAGCAAGGACUUGCGACACGCCUUCCGCAGCAUGUUCCCCACCUGCGAAGGAACCGCACAGCCCCUCGAUAACAGCAUGGAGUCUGACUGCCAGCACAAACACGCCAACAACGCGGGGAACGUGCACAGGGCUGCCGAGAGCUGCAUUAAGAGCACAGUUAAGAUUGCCAAAGUUACCAUGUCUGUCUCCACAGACACGACUGCUGAAGCGUUGUAAGUCACAGACUUCUCAGCGUUGUGAGAAAAAGGAGUUAGUUUAAAAAAAAAAAAAUCAACAACAGAGAAAACCAAACCCGUGGCUUAACGUGUUUGUACCCUCCUGUAAUAUUUUUUUGGUUUGUCAUUGUAAGCUGAGCGAUGAUUGUGUUAAGAGCAUUACCAUCAGCCAGUUCUUCAGGUUUUACAAUUAGGGAUUCAAGCUAAAUUUUCAAAAGUUCUUUUCUCAAAAAGUGUUUACUGAAUAAUAGUAAGUUUCCUGAAAGAGCACAGAGAAAAUACCAGGUUAGCAAUGGUUUCUUUUGGGGGUGUGAAGAAAAACUGUGUGAAACCUAAUUGAAAACUAAUGUAUCCUAAACUGAUACCAUCAAAUAAGAAAAAAAGCCUUGUAAUCAUGCUGUUCAUUUCAAUGUGAAGUGUAUUUCAUGUCUGUAAGUAAUAGGAGUUUUUGAUUUUUUCCAAAAGCGGCAGUGCUGAGUUCUAGAGGUUUUGUAAAACGUGUCGUGUCCCGUGAAUUGUAUGCUGUUUUAUUAUGUGUUAUUGAUAUUUGUCUGAUUAAACAAAGUGAUAAGGUAGACUUCCGUGGAAAUAAUGUGAAAUGUGAUAUGUAAACCCCAUUGAAAACACUACCUGUAUUUGAAGAAUUCCUAUGAGCUAUUUUGGAAAUUUUACACUUUUAGUGGUCUUCUGUGGACUUAGGGGAGAGGCUUUGUGUUCUUCUACUAAAAUUAUUUCCCCACUACCUUUUACUUUCACAUGCAUACGAGAGUAACAGCAACAAAGGAAUAGAGGAGGAAUGUAAGAGAGGAAUGCACUGGUUCAGACUUUUAAAUACCACUACGUUUAUACAGAAGGACGUUUAUGGUUGUAUAGACUAUCACCCUGCUCUUGGGCGUUGCAUGAAUACGAACACUGAAAAGCGAAGGUCCCGGAUAUUGGCUCCUUUAACAGGCAACUGGUUCUAAGCCACGUGCUGGUGCUGGACCACUGAAGACAGCAUGUGUCAGACUCAAUGUGCGAUGUUAUCACUGUGCAGUCGAUGUAUACUUGAAGUGUGUCGCAUUCCUGUAUCCCAGGUUUAAGCAGAUUCAGAGCCUGAGAUGCCAAACUCCCGUCUUCACUAAAAGAGGAGGAAAUAUUGUCAGACUUAGACAUUUUCUUAUUGUGUGAGCGUGUAUAUAAAUAAAUAUCUAUGUGUGUGUACGUGUGUGUGUGCGUGCGUGUGUGUGUGUAAGUAUACUAAUCAGUGUGAGUCAUGGUAGCAUAACUAAGAUGAUAGGACACUACGACCAAAUGUAAACUGUAUUUCUUGUUGCACGCUUUGCACACGAAUUCUGUUUCUAAAAUUGAGUUCUUCCAACUGAUUACUGGUGAAAGUACCAUAUUAAGAACAUCCCGAUCCACUCUGAGAGGUGUAUCCGUGUGCUAGAGAAAGCAACCUUUCAGUUGUACUUGAGAAAAAGGGGAAACGAGAGGCAGAGCAUGGCAGGAGCUCGCACUGACAACUGCAGUAGCUGUUGAUGGUGUUCCUGAAAACUGAGAAAGCCAAAAAUAAAUGGUAAUUUGUUUUUAGACCAUCAGUAUUCAAAUCUGAUUGCUUGAAAUGAGGUGAGUCUCACUGUGAAAUCAGGAUACAGGUGACAAGGGUUGACACCAUCAGCUUCAAGGGAGGAGAAGUUAUUGAAGGAAAAUGGUGCCUCUGUUCCCUGGUGGGAUUGUUUCUGCAGCCUGGGACUUUCACAAGGAGCACGUUACCGGGUAGUCUUUGAGGCAUGGAUAUUCUGUAAUUUUGUUCUGAAUCAGAAGGUACGGGGUCUUCUUUUCUGCUGCCUUGCUUUUUUUGGACUGUUGCCUCACCCUUCUUCUGGCUGAUUUCUGCUAAAACAGCUGCAAAGGUGGCUUAGCCUUUUAGCUGCCCGACGCUUGCUGCAAGAGAGGCGACUCCCUCCGUGGCACCAGGUGAGCGGAGCCAAAUCCACACUGCCCUGCCGCCCGUCCUCAGGGUUACGUGGGGAAAGAGCAUGGUGGCAGCCCCGGGACCUCCGGCGGCCAUGGGAUCCCCAUGGCUUUUCUGGUCCCUCGGUGCAGGCCAGAGCAGCCGGUAGCGCCAGCGGCCCAGCUGAGUUCAGCCGGGGGCUCUGCGGGGCUGUAAGCAGCUCCACGUUUGGGCUUGGUGAGGGGCAGCACAUUUUAAAGAUCUCAUCAGGUGAGGUGCUGAGCAGCAGCUGGGAGACAUGGGGGUACUUUCGUCCUCCCCCGCUCCCCUGCAGCUUACCGGGGUGGUAGGACAGGGCACCACGCUGUCGAGGGGGCCACGGCAGUUGGCCGAAACCGACUGCAGACGAUUCCCAGAGGACAUGCAAGUCCUCCUUCCGAAAGAUCUUUCUCAUGUCUAGGUGUGGUCCAUCCUAAAGCAGUCCUCUUGGAGGUGUGGGGGGGAGUGUGCGAAAGCCCAUUUGAAACGUAAAGGUAUUUUAAGAGCCAUUUUUGAAACUGUCUUCUUGUGAAUUAAAUGCAAACUUCGUGGACUUUUGUUGUGCAUUCAAGUUCUAAAUUUUACAUGAUAAAUCAUGGGACAAUGGGGCUGUCUUGGCACUUAACUUGGUGCUUACUAAUAAGAAAUAGCAUCCUGUGAAACGUUACUGUCUAUCAUCAGUAUCUCCAUUUGCAUAAUGAGUUUUUCUAAAGCUCUGGGAACUGUGUCGGUUCACUUAGAACCAUUUAUUAAAGAGGUGGCAACAAUUUCCCUACACAUUGCUCACUAAGUAGAACUACUCUUUCAUUAGAAAAAUCUGCUGCCGUUCCAAGAUAAGCUGCACUUAAACUUCAGCUUUAGGUAUUCCUAAUUUGCAGUUACCUACCUUGACUUAGUGAUAGCACAGCCAAACGAUACGGUGUUCCACGGCCACCCACACCAUCAUCGUCAACCAACCAAUGAUAGUUGCAGUUACGUAUAUGUACCCACUCCAAGUGUCGCGUAUCUACCCAGAAGACCAUCUAUGUCACGUGCGUGCAGAGUUAGAUUCUCAACAGUCUAAUUGUAUAUUUGUAUAAUAUAAUCUCCUCGAUGCUGUGCCAUCACUAUCCACAUCUUCUUGCACUGGCCUUUCGAUGAAAAAUUUAGUGUGUCUAUUGUGAGAUAGGCAGCGCGUUUUGCCUGCUGUUAUUGGGCUGAAUGUAUGUAAAUAAGUGAAAAAUUUAAAAAAAGUCAUCUGUACAAGCAGUGGCCUAAAAAGUCUGUAAUUGUAGACUAGGACAAUUGUUGAAGUUGCUGUGACAUCUCAGAUACUACCUUUGAAUAAACUGUUUACAGGGUCUCUUGGGAUGCUUUCAUAGUGAAAGGAAAAUCUUUCCUUGUGAUAAUAUGAGGUAAAGAAAUUGGAUUACCUGAGCUUUUUAUUUCCAGUGUUUCAAAGUGGAGAACAUAACUCUUUAUUGUCUGUAAAUCUAACAUUAUUACUUCCUCUUAGAAGAAUAUUGUAUCAUUAGAUGUUUGUUUGAGCUGGUAACAUCCUUGCAACUGCUGCAAUAUUUUUCAUUAGCAACCUGUAUAAUAGUUUGUACACAAGUACUGUUCAGAUUGUCAUGAAAAGUAGCUUUGACCAUUUACCUACCAGUAGCAGAAUAGUAUUUCUGUAAGAUUUCCAGUGUAUUCCUACCAUAUCAUAUUUUAUUUCUAUAAUGUAAUUAAACUGUUAUUUAUUCAAGGAGAAAAAGUAUUCCUCUACUUUUUUUGUUUUCCCAAUUUUGAGAUAACUGAGGAAGCCACGUGAUGAUGCUGCCUCAUCCCACAAUCUGGUGCUCUACGUUUUGUUUAUAAGUUUGUCUGUCGGAUUCUGAAACAACUGCUUAAACAACUUGACAACAGGUUGUCAAGCUUUGUGGGUUUUAAUUGUACGUUGAUAUGUUCGAAGGAGGAGGUAGAUUAUAUAUUUUAUAUUUGUGUAUUCAGUACUAUGGAGACAAGAGAGAAAUGACAUAGUUAAAACUGAAUCUCCUGUUUCAUUAUGUAGGCAAUUUCCCUUUUCCUCUGUAUCAGCCAAAAUGCAAUAAAUCUCUUUUGCCUUCCUCAGAUGCAUAUGUUUGCACAGAGAUGUCACAUUAAGACAAACCCAUAUACUUCAGAAAAACAAAACACAAAAGAGCAGAAGAAAGGAAUACAAACUAAAAUAGUGCUGCCAACAGCAACGACGACCUAAAUUAGUUACUGCUGAUUGUAAAUGUAAUCAAAGACUUGAGACAAAUAGAAAGUUAGUCUAGUUUUGGCCAGUGCUAGUGGGGACAGAGUUACGGGGGUGGGGGGCAGUGGAGUGGUCCAACAGGGAUGCACAAAAGCUGUGCAGGGAGAGCAAGCUCAGCCGUGCCACUGCCUACGGGGCACACGAAAGUGCCCCGUCACUGCUCAUCCACAACUGAAAGGAAGGGUUAAAAAAACACUUAAUAAUCCCUUUGUGGUCCCACACGCCCAUCCAAAGCCCACUAAAUGCUGUAGAAAGGUCCCUGCCCAUUUCAAAGGGUCAGUUUUUCAUAUGACUUAAUCUCAGAUUCAUGUUACUUGGGCAAUUUUCGUUCUCCACAUUUGUGAUUUGAAAACAGAGGAGGUCCUUAGGGGACGGUGUGAGCAUGUCCUGGGGUGUUGGAUCAUGGUUGUGCCAUAGUAGUUGUGUUUUUAAAAAUUAGGUCACUGAUGAAUUGAGAAAGUCUUGGCAAAACAAAAGCAACUAGAAAUGAAAGAUUAGCUCUUAAUCUUUAGCUGCAUACUACAUUUAAAUGAAGAAGUCGGAAUAUUUCUGCUGAAAGCUGUCACUUCCAAAGCGGCCAGGAGACAAUUCCCACUGUAUUGGCAUGUUCACUAGAAAAUAAGGGCUAUACUGCCACAAACCGA